AUGGGCCAACAUGAUGGUUGCAUGACGCUUGGAGAAUCUCAGGACAUGUACACUCCAAACACGGACAAGGUUCUUUCAGAGUUGACAUAUUAUGGUAUCGUUGGACACUUGGAUCUUGGAUUCAUCAAAUACAUUUUUGUCGUGGUGGAUCGUGACUUGGUUGCAACCAACAUCCAGCAAACUGUUCAUGUUUGGCAUAUUCGUGAUGUUAAGCCGAUAGUGGUGUUUAAAAGUUCAAUAUCGCCUAGUUUACGCGAGGAAGAGCACGAAAGAAUAUGCCUAAGACUUAUCAAGGACGAGUACUGUGCUGGAAACAAGUACUAUUCUUUGGAUAUGGAUCUAGCCAAUGGAUCACUAUCAGGGUUUGAAAAUAGUUUAAACUACUCCAGAUCCAGCACGAACGCACAUUCCUUUUUCUCGCAUGCCAAUGAUCAAUAUGUGUGGAAUAAGCAUAUGUUGCGUAUUUUUGUUGACAAGGGGACCGAUGCAUUUGUGACACCAAUAAUAUGCGGCCAUGUAGGAUCCAUGGUGACCAGCAUUCAAAACAUAUCAGUGUCUGUUUUUUUGAUAUCCAGGAUCAAUCGCCAUCAAGCUGGAGCUCGAUAUUGGUGUCGUGGAGUAGACGAGUUUGGACACUCGGCAAUAGAAGUGGACACCAAUGUUUUGGUAGUGCACGACCACGGCAUAUCUUCGUUUUGUAUGAUUCGUGGAUCUGUGCCACUGUUUUGGAAUCAAAAAAACGUUACAGAACCGUUUUGCGAGCCACCAAUCGAUCUCAGUCAAGUUCAGUCAAACGAGUCCAUGGACGCAAUGAGUCAUCAUUUUGAGCAUCUAUUACAAAGUUAUGGUCAAAAGAUAUACGCUGUUGACCUGCUCAACUGUCGCGAUCACAACAGCGAUACCGCCAAAUUAAGCCGAGCAUAUGAAAAGGCUUUGAUUGGGUUUCAUGGUGACAAUGUGGCUUACCUUCGACAGCAAGCACCAACUAAUUUGAAGACAAGUCAGCGUUUGAUGCGGAUUUUGGAUGAUAUUCUUUGUGAGCACAAGUAUAAUCGCAUUGAUGAUAGAGUCAGUAGUACGGUAAUCAACUGCAAACAACAGGCAGUAAUUCGGUUCAAUUCGCUUGAUUGCGUAGAUGAAGUUAGUUUGGCACAUUAUCAUGUAUCAAGCUACAUUUUUCGACAAAUUAUGUGCGAUCUGGCAGGAUGUGAAUCGCAUCUUCAAGACUUGAAUUUUGACACUGAUCGAUCUUGGAGGAAGCUAUGGAUCGACAACUCAAACAUGCUUAGCCAAUAUUACACCGGAACGUCAAUGAUAUGCACGCAUCUGCUAUCUCUAGAAGUGGGAUGGACAAUACCUGCUUCAUUGAAACUCAUUGGCAUUUGGCUGUCAAGAAAAUAUAUGGGUCAUUUUCAAGAUUUUGCUCGUCAAGAUGGACUAGAGUUGUUCAUGGGAAAUCAGGAUGACCAUCGUAUCGGGUUUUUGACACCACAAUCAUCCAAGAGUGAAUUGAUGAAAGAAAAUACAAUUCCACCAAAGAACACACCCGAUUUGAUUAGCCAGCUCAGCACGUCAUUUAUUCAUCUCAAUCAUGAAAGGUCGGAAAAUAUCCCCUAUAGCAGAAGUUUUGUCAAAAAAGAUAUAGCGGAUCAGAUUAAUCUGCGACAGCGAUUGACAUACCACGAAUUAUCACAGCCUUGGCAUCUUUCAAUUAUACUUGUAGCACGAAAGUUUACUGCACCAAGGAAAAUUACAACGUAUAUCGAAUUUGUGCUAGCAGUAGUAUGGCUAUUCAUUUAUACAGUUUCAGCCAAGAUUUUUGGAUAUUACUCAAAGCUUUUGAUUCGACGCCCACGAAAGGAUAUUGAUCAAGAUGCAUUGCCUGUAUGUGCUGUUCCACCUCCACAUGGGAUUGCAGUCAAGUUUGGUCGAGUAAAAAUGGAUCAAUUUGGGCAAUUCUACGAGUCGGACAUGAGCAAAACUCAUUCGUUUUCGCCAUCGUUUGGAUCAGGCCGUUGA